CCCACAAUUCCUUGCGAUUCGAUCACGUGGUUUAGCCGCCUCCUCCGACAUAACGCACAACCCGAAACUCUGCAUUGUAAAGCUUCUGGCUGCUGAGUAUAUCACUACAACUGUAAAAUCGCACGAUGUCGUCCGGAGCUCUCUUCCCCAGCCUGGUGAGCGGAUCCAGAGGAAGCUCCAGCAAGUACCUGGUGGAGUUCCGCGCCGGCAAGAUGACCCUGAAGGGGAAGACGGUGACGGCCGACAAGCGUAAAGGAACCGUGUACGUCCAGCAGACCGACGACUCCCUCAUCCACUUCUGCUGGAAGGACAGGACUUCAGGGAACGUGGACGACGACUUGAUCAUCUUCCCCGACGACUGCGAGUUCAAGAAGGUCACCCAGUGCACCACCGGGCGGGUCUUUGUGCUCAAGUUCAAGUCCGAGUCCAAGAGACUAUUCUUCUGGAUGCAGGAGCCCAAGUCGGACAAGGACGACGAGUACUGCCGGAAGGUCAACGAGUACCUGAACAACCCCCCCAUCCCCGGAGCGCCCGGCAGUGGGGGUCAUGAGCUGUCGUCGCUGGGGGGCGAAGGCGGCCUCCAAAACCUGCUAGGAAACAUGAGCCACAACCAGCUGAUGCAGCUGAUCGGAACCAGCGGACUAGGAGGUCUGGGCGCUCUGGCAGGACCAGGACUCGCCAACCUGCUGGGAGGGGGCGGACCCACCGCCAGCAGCUCCUCAUCCAGUUCUCGCAGUCAGUCGGCGGCCGCCACCCCGUCCUCAGGCUCCGCCCCCAGGCUGAGCACCUCCCAGGCCGCCCCCACCACCCCGGUGACCCCCGCCGCCUCGGCCGCCUCCCCCGCCAGCGUGGCCCCCUCCACGCCAGCUCCAGCUCAGCCCCCGCUGGUCCCCGCCUCCGUCGGAAGCCCCGCCUCCCACCAGGCCAUUCAGCUCAGCGACCUUCAGAGCAUCCUGGCCACCAUGAACGUCCCGGCGGCGGCGGCGGCUACCUCGGGCUCAGCAGUGGACCUGGCCAGCGUGUGCACGCCGGACGUGAUGGCGCCCAUCCUGGCCAACGCCGAGGUGCAGCGCCGGCUCCUCCCCUUCCUGCCCACCGGCGACAGCCUGGCUCAGAGCAGCGAGGAGAUCCACAACACCAUCAGCUCGCCACAGUUCCAGCAGUCCAUGAGCUUGUUCAGCAGCGCGCUGGCCUCAGGUCAGCUGGGACCGCUCAUGAGUCAGUUUGGACUGCCGCCAGACGCCGUGGACGCCGCGAACAAAGGAGACGUGGAGGCGUUUGCUCGAGCCAUGCAGACCUCCAAAGGAGAGUCCAAGGACGAGGAAGAGGACAUGAGUCUGGACUAGAUCACAUGGAGGACCUUUUUUUUUUUUUUUUUUUACACACCUGUCAAUCAUACCACACAACAGCUGUCAAUCACAUCACCUUUUCUUACCCACUACACUUGAUAAUAAAAAGUGAAAAUGUGUUUACAGGAACUUUUAUUAUAAAGUACAUCAAAACAUG